CUUACAUAUUUUAUUUUUAACACUUACCUAUACAUUGUGACAUUGUGUAGCUGUAUAGUAUAUACUGUUCAUUUUGGUCAUUACAGCAACUCCGCGCUAUUCGCACGUCUCUUAUCUUUCUUUCUCUCUCACACAUACUUAUUAUCUUACGGAAUUUUUCGUGAAGGAGAAUGGAAGGGGAGCAAGCAGAGGAGUCAUAUUACACUUCUCGAACUUUUUAAAGAGUAAUAAAUUCUUAUCACGAAACAAAAGAUACCCCGGCUUUAACUUGUAAACUUCUUGCCAGCUGUUAAUUCUAUUUCUAUUUUUGUUUGUUGAUUUUAUGGUUUUGUUUUUUUCCUCUUAACUUUACACCCUGCAUACUUCGUUUUAUUAUUUUCAUGAGCAUGUUACAAAAAUUUAACGGAAUCAAGGCACUUGCAGCCAAAUACUCCACGACAAAGCUAGCCACAAAGUCUCUUAACAGACUCAAACAACUGAGGAAUGAAUUAUGCCAGGAUGCUAAAUCUUCUAUUUUGACAGACACUUUUGGUCGCCAUCACACUUAUUUGAGAAUUUCAAUAACAGAAAGAUGUAAUUUAAGAUGUACAUAUUGUAUGCCUUCCAGUGGAGUUGAACUUACUCGAAAUGAAAAUAUUUUAAAAACUGAUGAAAUAAUUCAACUAGCCAAUCUUUUUGUCAGAGAAGGCAUUACUAAAAUCAGAUUAACUGGUGGUGAACCUACUGUUAGAAAAGAUAUUGUAGAUAUUAUUGCUCAGCUCAAAGGUCUUGAAGGUCUAGAAACUCUUGCUAUGACAACAAAUGGUAUAACAUUGACUAGGCAAUUGCCUGCAUUGCAGAGAGCUGGCUUAAAUUUAUUAAACAUAUCUUUAGAUACGUUGAAGCCAGAUAGGUUUGAAAAAUUUACUAGACGAAAAGGCUGGAAUAAAGUUAUGGCUUCCAUUGACUUGGCAAUUCAAUUAGGAUACAAUCCCGUUAAAAUAAAUACUGUGGUAAUGAGGAACUUUAAUGAUGAUGAAAUUACAGAUUUUGUAGAGUUAACAAAAAAUAAACCAAUUGACGUAAGAUUCAUUGAAUAUAUGCCAUUCUCUGGAAAUGAAUGGAAUACCAAUAAAAUGGUACCAUUCAUAGAAAUGAAAAAAAUCAUAGAAAGAAAAUAUCAUGGUUUUAAAAAAAUAUCUGAUAUGCCUAAUGAUACCUCAAAGGCUUUCCAUGUUCCUGGGUACAUGGGUCAAGUAGGUUUUAUUACUUCUAUGAGUGAGAAUUUUUGCAAUUCGUGCAAUAGAUUAAGGAUCACAGCUGAUGGCAACUUGAAAGUAUGUCUAUUUGAAGGAAAAGGAGAGGUAUCUUUAAGAGAUGCUUUGAGAAACAAUGUUUCGAGCCAAGACUUGAAAAUUAUUAUUCGCAAUGCAGUACUUAAAAAGAAGAAACAGCAUGCAGGUGACGGAAAAAAUAAUAAUUUAAAGGCACCUGGAAACAGAAUACUCAACUUAACAGUGUUACCAAGUACGAUGAAUCAUCAAAGUUAUCAAGUGAAACAAUGCAGAAAGAGAUUGUACACCACGCUGACUCAUAUAGAUAAGGAAGGAAAAGCAGCAAUGGUAGAUGUGGGUUCAAAAAGUCAAAAUGUUCGUAUUGCUAAAGCUAGAGGAUAUAUUUACGUUGGGGCUAUUAUUACUCAAUUAAUAAUGGAAAAUAAUAUUAAAAAAGGCGACGCUCUAACAAUUGCGCAAUUGGCAGGAAUAAUGGCUGCUAAAAAAACUUGGGAUUUGAUACCGCUUUGUCAUCCAUUAACGCUCAACUAUGUAAAAGUUGAUUUAAAAUUGAGUGUCGAUUCGCACAGAGUCGAAAUAACGUCGGAAGUUAAAUGUACGGAAAAAACCGGUGUAGAAAUGGAAUCUUUAGUGGCUGUGAGUGUUGCAGCUCUCACGGUAUAUGAUAUGUGUAAAUCAGCAGUUCCACCUGAUACAAUGCACAUAGCUGGUAUAGAGUUAGUUUCUAAGGUGGGAGGUAGUAGAGGUGAUUUUUUCAAAGAAUAACUUAAUUAAUAACACAAUUGUGCAUUGUUUG